AUGUCGUCAAAUGCAACCGAAUUGUUCAGGGCCGACUUGACCCAGCCAGAGAUAGUUGGGCGAUUAGUGGAGCUGUUGAAGCACGGCGUUCCGCAAUCUCUCCCCAUACUGGGCUCAUUGUUUCAUUCGUCUCCGCCUACAGCUGAGACGAUUGAUGGCGUAGCGCCCAAGUUGUAUGUCUGGACAUCAUUCGACCUCAACCAUGCGGACAGGCCAUCUUUAUACUCAGUCGUGGCGUAUUCGCCUCUCGAUAACAACCAAGCACGUUAUUUUUGCUCCGCGGAUGGCUCAUCUGAUACGCCCACGGGGCGCGAGAAGAAGCACGUCGUCGACUUUCUAACAAUGUUCCUCAGGCAUGUCAACGACCAGUUAGGAGACUCGUCGAAUCCGACUAUGUUCAAAAUUGGAUCGGUUCACGAGAAAUGGGUCGAUACUCUCCGUUCCCUGGAUGUUGAUAGGGCCAAUCCAUGCACGAAAUACCUGCGUGCUCCACCGGGACCAGGGGAUGCGCUACCUGACAGGGAUGUCUUAGGCGGGAUAUUCACGAUCUCUCCGCUGCAGCCCUCGGACGCUGAGUCCAUCAUAUCCACUUCCCACAUUUCCCGCUCCAGGGAGUACAUUCUUUCCCGAAGCCUCACGUCCAUAUGCAUACGGGCUGCAGGGGCAGAUGGUUCGGGUGGACGUCCCAUCGCAUGGGCACUUCAGCACUCGGAUGGGUCCAUUGGGACAUUGUUCGUUCAGCCAGAAUAUCGAGGGAAGGGUCUGGCGCGGAAAGUUAUGGGCACCCUAGUGAACAGAUUGGACCAAGCUGACGCAAAAGCAGCUCGUGGAGGUGCCCUAGGCUGGAAUUGGGUGGAUGUCGUUGCAGGCAACACAAACGCGGAACAUUUCUUUGAAGGAUUGCAAGGUUGGCAUAGGGGAUGGACGUGCUAUUGGAUCUCCUGGGCUUCCCUGGACUGA